AUGGCUGCGGCUUCCCCCACUGCUGGGGGUUCGGGACCUGGGGCGGCGGGUUCUGCCGAAGCCCCACUGCAGUACAGCCUUCUUUUGCAACACUUAGUAGGUGACAAGCGUCAACCCCGGAUUCUGGAGCCUGGUAGUCUUGGCGGGAUCCCGAGUCCCGCCAAGAGCGAAGAGCAAAAAAGGAUUGAGAGGGCGAUGGAAAGCUGCGCCUUCAAGGCUGUGCUGGCCUGCGUGGGAGGCUUCGUCUUGGGAGGUGCCUUUGGAGUGUUCACUGCUGGCAUUGACACCAAUGUGGGCUUUGAUCCCAAGGAUCCCUACCGGACACCAACUGCUAAAGAAGUCCUUAAAGAUAUGGGACAGAGAGGAAUGUCCUAUGCCAAAAACUUUGCCAUCGUGGGCGCCAUGUUCUCAUGCACUGAGUGUUUGGUGGAAUCUUACCGGGGAAAAUCGGAUUGGAAGAACAGUGUCAUUAGUGGUUGUAUCACUGGAGGAGCCAUUGGUUUUAGAGCUGGCUUAAAGGCUGGGGUCAUUGGUUGUGGAGGUUUUGCUGCCUUCUCUGCGGCCAUUGAUUAUUACCUGCGGUGA